AUGCGGCCAUUCCACCCACCUACCCCUCAAUCUCAUCGAUCAUCCUAUAUACCCUCCACACCCGAUUCACCUACAGUAGAGAAGGAAUCUCAUAUUGGUGGGACAACACCAGAUGUGCGUCAGGCGAGAGAAGCGGCUGAUGGUGUAGUGAGGGAUUAUGAGGAGAAGAGAGAUCGUCUGGCAAAGGCGAUCGACUCAUCUUUGUACCUUCUGUCCGAUCUCAAGAACUUCAACGGCGAGCAAUGGACCGUCAGGUAUCCCCACUUGAAGCCCAUAGAUUCGUCAAGUCAAGGAUCUCCAUCUACACGUCCCGGCAUGAGUAGACGUACUCUCACGUUUGCCGACGAACCAUCACAGACCACCGACGUAGUUUUAAACUCUACUCCUACCGUUCGACGAACAUUGAAACGAUCUCUUACUCUUGCCCCUUCUGCUCCUUGCACUCCUAUCACCACAGUCAACAGUACAGUCGAAGAACCGAAGAACAUUGACGAAAACGAAGAUGAUUUUUCGAUAUUACGUCUCAACCUGAACAUGGGAGCUGCUCGACAUGCCAAAGGCUUGAUAUCACAUCUGGAAAAGUCAUCCAUCUCAGCUCUACUCGAUACUCGAAUCUCUGCUUCGUUAGACCACCUCACUCAUUUACAGAAACGUAUAUUCGAUGCUCAAUCUCGAGUACUCGUGACUGGUGAUCUCAAUGCUGGUAAAUCAACCUUGAUCAAUGCCUUGUUGAGAAGGGAUGAAGUCAUGCCUACGGACCAACAACCUCUGACAACUCGAUUCGUGGAAGUGGUCAGUGCGAAGGAGAAUGAGGACAAGGAGGAGAUACAUAUACUGAAACACGCGGAUAAAUAUGAUCCUUCGGACGAAUCGACAUACUCAACGGAAGACGUAUCGAAAUUAUACGAAAUGCUUGUAGAUGCCGAAGAUGACGCUUCCAGUCCUUCUCUUCGGGUGUUCCUCAAAGAAGCCGAUGCCAACAUGGCCAAUCCUUCGAUUUUGCAUAACGGCGUUGUGGACAUCUCACUUAUCGAUGCACCUGGUCUCAACCGAGACUCCAUCAAAACUACUGCCAACUUUGCUCGACAAGAGGAGAUCGAUGUGGUUGUCUUUGUCGUUUCCGCCGCUAAUCACUUCACAUUAUCGGCAAAGGAGUUCAUAUGGCAAGCUGGGCAUGAGAAAGCCCAUCUUUUCAUUGUCGUCAACCGAUUCGAUCAGAUCAAGGAUAAAGCAAGAUGUCGAAGAUUGGUUUUGGAACAGAUUAAACAACUCAGUCCAAAGACAUACGAGGAUGCUGCCGACUUGGUACAUUUCGUCGAUUCCGCCAAGGUAGCCUUAGGAUAUGGCGAAACAGAACCUGAAGGUGAUGAGCUUGAUGAAGCUUUCUCACACUUGGAACACUCACUCCGAUCGUUCGUGCUCGUCAAUCGAGCCAAAUCAAAGCUUGGUCCUGCUCAGAAUUACAUUACUCAUCUUUUGGCUGAUGUCGAGCUUCUCGCUGCCGCCAAUUCGCUAGUAGCCGGUAAAGAGCGUGAUGCAGCUCGAGAGGAGUUAGCUAGAGUUAAGCCAGUUCUUGAGAAGAUGAAGAAAGGUAAAGAAGGUCUUGAGGAAUCUUUGGUAGCUGAAGAAGAGGCCGCCACCGACAAGGCAUCAGGCAGAACCAAGUUAGCUAUGGAAAGAGGUCUUGAAAGGGUCGGAAGGGGAGAACUAGCCGCUCCUGCUCCUGGGCUCUCUUUACCUGCCUAUCCUGGCUUGUUAGGUGCUUGGGACUUUGCUGCGGAGGUCAAACGAGUACUUUUAGCCUCACUUGACUUUGCAGUCAGUCUCGCUGAGGAUGAUGCCCGAAAGCUCACUUCGGAAGGUGUAGAAGAAGUAACCAAACUUGGUGAUGCCCAUCUUCCCGCCGAUGUCGAGCGAACCAACCGAAAAUUCAAUCCUCAAGCAAUGUUUUCACCUCGAGCUAUCCGACGUCAAUCCAGUGUCACUUCGAUUGGUCUUGGUCUGGCCGGUCAAUCGCAAUUGGUAGAAGUCAACGUCACCGAUAUCUUCGAUUUGCAACAUCACAUCCACCUCGCGCGAUCGGUCCUUCCGUCAACAGCUUCGACAUCCCACGAGCUCGUCCCAUUCUCUACUGAGGUCGGAGCUGCUUCCCUGGCGGUUGGGGCAUUCUCGAUGAUCAGUGGAAAGACCUUGGGUCUUCGAGCUGUCGUAGAGGGUUUAGUCCAUUUCUCAGAGUUCGUUUCCAACCCCGCUACGCGAAGAUGGAUUGGACCUGUCGUCGGAGUAUUCACUGCAGGUGCGAUCGCCUACGUCAUCUAUGAUCUACCGAGAUCUAUACCUAGAAAUGUCGGUAGACACAUCCAGUCGACUCUUACUAUCUCAUCGGGUCAACCUUCACAAGUUGAUGAUGCCUCUGUACCAUUUGCUGAAUACCAGGCUACGAGAGUUAGCAAGGAAGUUAGAAAAGUGAUGAGACUCGCUGCGUGGGAUCUGAGAGAGAGGUUCAGAGCGGCUGUGGAAGCUAGAGGUGAAGUUGUGAAAGCCAGUGAGGAGAUUGAGAAGAAAGCUACAAAAGCUUUGGAAUGGUUCGAUCAUGUUGAGAAGAGAGUGGAGAACAUCAGGGAGGAGGUGGGAAUUAAAGUGUAA